AUGUCUGCAUCAUAUUUUAAGUGCAACUCAUGUGCUAUUCAAUUCCCCAACUCUGAUUCUCAGAGAUUUCAUAUGAAAUCUGAUUGGCAUCGUUAUAACUUAAAGAGAAGAGUGGCACAAUUGCCCCCAGUUGAUGCUCAUGUGUUUGCUGAAAAGUUACAACAAUCUAAACAACAUGAAGAAGAACGUGAUGAAUUUGGAUUUGCCGUCAUAAAACCAAAAGAACCAAAAAAGUUACAUAUCCAACAAAGAGUCAGAGGUGAUAUUCAUAGAGGUAGACCAGUUCAGGUUGCUGGUGAUAUCGAAAGGGCAAUUAGUCCGGCAAGUACAGUUGCUUCUGAAUUUUCAAGCUUUUCAUUAGGUGAUUCAGUCUAUAGUCAUCCAGGUACACACUCUGAUAUAGGUAGUGAUUUUGAAGAAAUUGCUUCUCAGGUGGGUACUGAUCCAAGUUAUGUUCCAUCUGGAGAUGAAGACGAAGAUAACGAUGAAACUUUUGAUAGUGAAUCACACCAUGAAGAACCAUUACAGCCAAUAACAAGUUGUAUAUAUUGUGGUAUCCCUCAUCAUGAUGUUGAAACGAAUAUGUCUCAUAUGUUCAAGAACCAUGGUUUAUACAUCCCAGAAAGAACUUAUUUGGUUAAUUUGGAAGGAUUACUAGAGUACCUGAUCUCUGUUAUUGUCAUAGAUAAUGAGUGUCUGUGUUGCAAUUUCCAAGGUAGAAGUCUGGAAAGUAUCAGAGCACACAUGUCAUCAAAAGGUCAUUGUCGCUUACCUUAUGAAAGUAAACUUGAAAGGGAAGAAUUUGCAAGAUUUUAUGAUUUCUCUUCGAUAGAGACCAAUCCAGAAAAGUCAAAGUCGUCAAAGAAAGUUGGGUUCUCAGGAGUUGAUGAUGAAACUGAUGAAAUCAUUGUUGAUGAAAGUUCAGAUUCAGAUGAUGCCAAUGAUAAUUACACUUUGGUUCAUAUUGAUCCAAUAGAUUCAAAUCUUUCACUACCGAAUGGAAAUCGUUUAGGCCAUAGACAAUUCAGAAAAAUCUAUAGACAAAAUCUACCACUACCAAGAGAACCAUCUCAAGGACAACUUACAGUCUCUUCAGCAGAUAGAAGAUUUGCUGGUGGUUUAACUUUACCUCAACAACAAAAAGAAGAUAAGGCAAUCAAAAUGUUUGAAACAAAACAGAAGAGCACACAAAUACGUCGUGAAGUAAAGAGAAUCAAUUUCCAACCUCAUUACAGAGAUCCAAUGUUGGGUGGUUAG